AUGUCUAAACAAUUGAAUUCCUCGAGUUCUUCGCGCGACGAAGAAAGCAAACAAUGGUUUGAUUUGAUUGACAACAAGUGCUCAACAAAUACUAAAAUAAGCCGAAAAUUAAUUGAAAAAAGAGAUCAAAAGUUAACUGAAGACAGAGUGAGAGGAGAGCGAGAACUGAAUCCAUAUUAUCGUUUGGACACAAAGACUGGUCCAGUUGUCGAUGAAGUGAAUCCAAGUGUCAAAAGCACAUCCACUGCAACAUCGGUUUCAUUGAGUGAUCGGAACUCAAUUAAUGCUAAAUUACUGAAAGCAGAGCUCAUCGGUAACCAGACUUUGGCCCAACAGUUGAGAGACAAACUCAACCAAUUGGACAAUAAGGACAAGGAUUACGAUUCACAGCAUUCACACCAUUCACAGCAUUCACACCAUUCACAGCAUUCACACCAUUCACGCCAUUCAAACGAUUCACACAUUGAAUCCAAACAACACUUGUAUUCUGUGGAGAAGAGAGCAAAUGAAGAGUCCAUGUCUUUGAAGGAAAUGUAUUUGAGAGCUAAGCAGUCGACCACUGAUGACGAGAGCAAGAAGUUUAUUGCAACCACUUCUCGGUUCAGUCGCUCAUCUCAAGAGGAAUAUGAAGACAUGCCAACAAAGAAUAAGAGACACAAAUAUGAAAGCAAUCAUUAUGUCAGACAUGAAAGCGAAGGCAAAGACAAAUGCAGACAAUGUGUGGACAAUAUUGAGAGACAUCUGAUUAUAUCGAAUGGAGAGAAGACUAUAAUUAGUGUUACGCCUUAUGAGCCGUUUGUCACCGGAUUUUGCCAUAUAUUAAGCAAAUGUCACUCAAAUGUAUCGCUGAUAGCAUCAGAUGAGGACUGUUUGCUCGAAAUGAAUGAACGAAAACAUCAAAUCUCUUCGUUCUUCAACCGAAACAACAAAAGCGUUAUUUUUAUGGAGACUUACUUUAAAAGAGGCCGUCAUUCCAGUCAUAACAGACACUUCACUAUUGAAUGCAUUCCUAUUAAAAGCAAAUAUCAAUCCGAAGCUCACAUCUUUUUUAAAAAAGCAAUAAUGGAGUGCGAGAGUGAGUGGGCUCUCAAUAAACAGCUCAUCCAAAUCAAAGACAAAUGUGUAACCAAAUUGAUACCCAAAGGAUUGUCUUAUUUUUGGGUCACAUUUGGUCCCAAAAAUAUCGGUUUUGCUCACGUUAUUGAAAAUGAAGAGACAUUUUCGCCUCAUUUUGGAAAAGAAGUGAUUGCAGGGCUUUUAGAUAUUGAACCAAACAAAUGGCUCAAUUCUAAGAAUCAAAAUUAUGAACAACAGUUCCAGAGAGUGGUGCCAUUUAAAGAUCAUUGGAAACAAAUGUUUGGUUAGCCUUUUGUUUUUAGCAGCAAUUUGUGUAUUAAGUAAACCACAAUAAAUAAAGUUAUUGAUUGAUA